UCUGCCAUUUGUACGGAUUAAAAAAGCUAUCUGAUGUCAAUAGUGCUAGAAUGGAAAUUUUUCAUAAAACGUACAAGGUAACUGAUACGUCUCAACCCUUCUCAUUAAACUAUGACGCUUGCAACUUACCACCCUGCCGAUCAGAACUACAACAACAUUUACUGCGAGCGAAGUAUAUUGCGUGUUUGUGGAGGAACGCGCACAAUCGUAUUCUUACGGAGUUGUCGCCAACAGAUUACGGAUGGAAAAACGUGGAUGGAAAGUUGGAGCCGAUCUGGUUUGUUGGAAACCAACUUCCUGAAGCGUACGAGGACAUCGUCAUAACACCUAAUAUUCUAGGAGAUACUUCUGAUGCAGAAGUGCAAAAUGAGGAGGAAGUUCAAGAUGUGGAAACCAACUUCGCCGAUGACUCGAAUGACGAAAAUUGA